UGUGUCGAUGACAAGCUGCCGUAACGGGCCUCAAGUACUAUUUAGUACGGAAGUAGGCAGUGCGGUAUUGAACGUAGUCAGAGAUUGAACUUGAGUGGCACUGCUUGCUUUGUCGCCUUUGCACUCCGAGUGUGCUUCCCGAGAGUCAGGGAGUUUUGUAGACAUUGAACUGUGCUAAAGGAGAAGAAAAGCAGCACAGACUAUCCUUUCACUAACGUCCAGAGCUUUUGGAUUUACUGUUGGAGAUGCUGAACCCAGUCCUAGGCGUCAAGAAGGAGGACUUCCAGGCGCCAGAUUAACCAAGCCAACCAUUAUCUACCUCUUUAUUUAAAUUCACCCACACCCAGCGGUUUCAAACUCCAGUUUACAAACACCAUGGCGUUUUUAAUGAGGAAGAAGAAGUUCAAGUUCCAGGUCCAUUUCACUCUGGAAGAGCUGACGGCUGUGCCGUUUGUCAACGGGAUGCUCUUCUGCAAAAUCCGACUUCUGGACGGGGGAGAUUUUGUCAUAUCUUCAUCUAGGCAAGAGGUGCAGGAGAACUGUGUUUGCUGGCGAAAGAAGUUCUCCUUCGUGUGCAAGAUGAGCGCUAAUCCUACGACAGGGGUGCUGGACCCCUGUAUCUGCCGAGUGUCCGUGCGAAAGGAACUGAAGGGUGGAAAGUCUUUCUCAAAGCUGGGCUUUGCUGACCUCAACAUGGCGGAGUUUGCGGGUUCGGGCUCCACCGUGCGCUGCUGUAUCCUGGAGGGCUACGACACCAAGAACACUCGGCAGGACAACUCCAUUCUGAAGGUUACUAUUGGGAUGACUCUACUCUCCGGGGAUCCUUGCUUUAAAACGCCCCCAAGUACGGCUAAAACCACAGGCCUCGCUGGUCAGGACCCGUCUCUACAGCUGGACUGUAAGGGAGAGGGCACUGGCAACAACGCAACUCCACCCAUGGGCAUCAGCCCGAGAAUCAGCACCAGCCGCAUGCUCAAACCCAGAACCUCUAUGCAGGUUUCAGGUCUGCCAGAAGUGUUAGAUGAGAACCUAUCAAGCCCGGAAGAGGUGUUUCACACCGGCCACUCAAGGAAUUCCAGCUAUGCCAGCCAACAGAGCAAAGUUUCAGUGAUGUCUGUCCUUCCUGCAGGCUACAGCACAGAGCACUCGGGCUCGUCCAGCCUGACAGACCUGAGCCAGCACCGGAGGAACGCGUCCACCAGCAGCAGCAAUGCCUCGGCGGGGACCACCACGGCUACUGAAGGCCCAGCAGAACCGGAUAAAGAGCCGGUGAAACCUGAGAAGCCUCCUCGCCCACCGAGGCCUACCUUACUCCCUAACCGACCAUGUAGGAGAAAGAAGGACUCUGUGGAGAACCACCCCACCUGGGUGGAUGACACGCGCAUCGAUGCUGAUGACAUCGUGGAGAAGAUCGUCCAGAGUCAGGACUUUGCUGAUGUCAGCAACAAUGAGGAUAGCAAUUUGCAACUGUUUGUCAGUCGGGAUGGUACCACUGCUCUUAGCGGCAUCCAGCUGGGCAACAGGGUGUCAGCGGGUGUGUUUGAGCCUGUCGUGAUUGAGAGUCAUUAGUGGCCUCAGUCACGCUCCUCCUGAAAUACAACAGAGGGCCAAAAUAAGUGAGGAUGAACAAGACCGACGGGAAGUCCAGUAUCGCACUAACAAGAUGUUUUGCUAUUUGCAGUCUUUUUAUUGUCUUCACUGAUCAGUCUAUUCACACACUAUGAUUAUAACACCGGAAAUCUUACAUUGUAUUAUACGCAAACGGUGGUGGGUGGUUUAUUAUUAUUAUUAUUAUUAUUAUUAUUAUUAUUAUUAGCCACAUAAUCAAAAAGAUGUGUUACUGACAGCCUGUUUGCAAGUAAACAAACUACUUGAAAUACCUGAAGUAGUCGAACACUGUGAAGAACUGUCUUUGGCCUAGGAAACAUCAUAUUUAUGGCCUAAAUGGCAGCCCUUAGGAUUUUUAAGUAGAAAUACGAUUCAUAUAUUGUUUAGCCUUUCAUUAUUUAAUGGUUCCGAUCUGUGUUUUUCUUCUACCAGAUUUGAUUUUCUGGACAUUUGUUUUGCCUGCGUUACAGACCACUAAAAUGUGUUCAGAGACUUUGCAAAAAUGAUCUUGCUUUACUUAACCACUACCGUUUCCCUGCAUUCGGAAUGAUCUUAGAGGAAAAUUCCUUUUUUUUUUCUUCUUCUUCUUCUUUUUUUUUUUUUUUUUUUUUUUUUAAACUGCACGUUUAGCGGUGGUUUAAAGUAAUUUCUGUUGAUUGCACACUUUUAAAGUAAGAUGUAUUACUCUAAUUACCUACAGAAGGUUUCCACAGGGCAUAAAUCCCUUUAGUUUCAGAUGGUUUCAGAUUUUCGUACGUCCACAGGUGGAAAUGAGGUUCAUCACUAUUACAUCACUGAAUAUUUUAACAUACUUCUUGAUUAUUUAAACCUAAUAUAUGAUCUCUGAGAUGUGGUUUAAACAGUCACCUGAUUUAUGAGACACAUAUCUGGAUUAUUAUACAUAGUCAGCAUUUUUAUACACCAGUUUCUCCAGAUUCCUGUAGUUUCAAAAGGGACAUGUUCAGAGAAUAACGUAAAAUCAGUUCCAGAAGUGCCGAAAUCUAAGGUUUAGCCAUGAUGUUUAAAUUUCUUGACUCAUUACUAACGCAAUACAGUUACACCUGAAAACUGCAUCUUUCUGCUUUUCCAGAUAAACAUAGGUAUUCAGACCAAACAUGAAUAAAAUUCACCCAGCCAAAAAGGGAAGGGAAAAGACAUGGAACACAAGAGGCAUUUGUUGCUAGUAACGGUUACUUUAGCUUUGUGUUGACUUGAUCGGUGUGAAAUUUGACCUGUGACUUCAUGAGCCUCAGACUUGUGAGCCAAUAGAAAGCAAGUGGGCGGGGCUGUUGUCUCUUUGUUUGCUUAAAAUUAUUAGUAGCUGUGUAUUAUUAUUAUUAUUAUUAUUAUUAUUAUUAUUAUUAGCAGUCACAUUAGACUUAUGGUGUUGCACAUCUCGGGGGGGAAAAAUGCAGUCUCAUCCAUCAGCUAGGGUUUUUUGUGAUAAAAUUCUUUUCAAUUUCUUUAAACUGAAAUUGGAACCCAGGUGCAUGGGAAUGUUUAACCAUCUUGGGUUUAACUCGAUUCAUUGUUCUUGCUUGAUAGAUUAGUUCCAGGUUUACACACUGAACUUGUUAUAGAAAAGCAUCAUAACCGACAUAGUAAAAGAACCAUUAGGAAUAAUAACUUUUGGCAAAUAUCCGUCGCUAAAACAGGUUUUUAUUUUUAAAGACAGAUUUUCUGGUUUUUAUGCCCUAUGGAAGCCUUUAUGGGUGAUUUUUGUGCCAUAUUUUACUUGAAGAAAAUCAUCCAAAUUAUUUUGAAGCACUGCAGAGUAUGCAUAAAAUAUGAUUUUUGCUAUUAGUUGGAGUUUUCAAACCAUAUGACACAAAGAUGAAUAGACACAGAGCUGUAUGGCUGGCCAUACCGAAACAUAUCAUAUUCAGGAUAACAAGCUUCUAGCCAUUCCUCCAUAGAUCACAGCCUUCUGACAUGUUUUUAAUCGUGUCUGUGUAUGUGUGUGUGUGUGUGUGUGUGAGUGUGUUUGGGGGUAUUAGAGGUUUCAUACUCGUGACUCAUUUGUUCUCCAGCUGGCCUGGGGAAUCCCACUACAAGUCAGAUAUCUUCAUAUCCAUACGCUCCACCCGAGCAUACACACUCAUCCCACUCUUCUUCACUUGUUUGUUUGUGCUGCAGGAUUCGGCCGUGCAUACAAGUGUUAAUCAAGUGUUAGUAUUGUACUGCAGUGCAGUGCACCGAAUGUCCUCCUCGUCCUCGUACGGAUUUUUGCUCCAUUUUUUUUUAAACACAGAAUGUGGCAGUAGUGCUGUAGGAAAAUGUGUUAAUCAUUGUGGAGCAUAAAACCCGUGAGCUUGUGUGCAGCAUAAAGGGAUGCGUGUGACUGGUUGAUGGAGGAUGGCCUGAAAAACUGGCUUUGUUUUGCAGGCUUAGAUCAGAGAAAAUGACUCACAAUCACGCCACUAAACUUGGCAACAGCCUGCGUGUCUCCCGCUGCACCUGGUGUGCAUCCAGAGACGGAGGAGUCCCCCCCCGUUUGUGUGUUUGUGUGUGUGUGUGUGUGUGUGUGUGUGUUUUAAAAGUCUGUGUAAUGUUUUGUUUUCAGUCUGAAUGAGCUAACCAUGAUGAUGUUCAUGGAAAAAAAAAUGGUCUCAGUUGACCUGAGAUGAUAUACAGAGUAGAAAACUUUUGCACAAUUUAGUUCCCUUAUCUUUACAAAUAAAAGUGCAAUGUGGGCUUUAUUCAAUGAGGAGUUCAUGCUUUAAUACAUUAACAUAUUUCCUGUAGUUAAAUUUGACAAAUACAAGAUAUUUUCUGCAUUCAUGUAAGGAAUUCUACAUUAUAGAUUUUUUUUUUUCAUGGAAUGCUCUUAACAACUAACUAACAAGCUCUUUUAUUAUAUUAGAUAAAGAUUAAGUCCCUACAAACAACUCCAUACAGCUGUGACAUUUAAAAAGCAGUCAUUUUCUCAGACUCUUCAUUAUACUUUAGAUUCGGAGAAAUUGAACUAUUUUUGGUUUCCUAAAAAUCCUUUUGAUUUGAUUUGAUUAGUGGCUGAAUAGUAGUGGACUUGUCCUUUGACCGGGUGCACAAUUCUGCUAGAGUUUAGAGUUAUUUUGCGUAGGAGCUCCACAUUUUAACGCCGAAGUACGCUACUACGAGUUAUCAGUCAAAAUAUAUGUCAAAAGAGCAGGCUUGUUUUUUUUCUUCCCAAGAAAAACAGCAUAUGACCCACUUGACACAUGGAUCUAAAAUGAUUGACAGUUGCGUAAGUGUUUUGAACUCGAUGUUACCCAUGUGUGCAUUCUGUUGACGUUGUGCAGUAAUGUACUAUUAUUGGUAGAUGUGACUAAAUCUUUUUUCCGAGAAGCUUGUACUGUACAAUACACGGUGUCCCAAAAGUCUCCAUACACAGGGGACUAUGUUUGCCAGCACCACGUCGUGGACGUCCACUUCUCGGUCGGUCCGCAACACUCACGGUCUUUUUGAAUCGAUUAAUAAGUUCGGCAACAUGUCGUGUGUGUGAUGUCACACACGUCAACGCCAUGUUUCCUGUUAAAGUCCAACGCAACCUAGCGCCAGUUUCCCAAUCCAUCCAUGAGAACGGUUUCAAUACGUUCUUUUUUUGUCAUUCUUAAAGGAUAUGUGAAAUGUAUAAACUAAGAACUAUGAAAAUGUUUAGAAGACAUUUUGCUAAGCUGUGUUCAUUUCCCUUAUAUUUAGAGACUUUUUGGAACACUGUGUGCGUGUAUGUGUGUACGUGUAUGUGUGUGUGUGUGUACACACACGCGCGCACACACACAUUACAAUUAGAUAAGUGCAUUUGUCUGAGAUUUGUCCUAAUUUACAUCAAGGGAACUUAUUUUCAAGUGAUCUUUAAACUUUGUUUUCUAAAUCUUCCUUAGUUUGCAACAUAGUCUGUCACUUUCUGUGCCAAUCUUGCUCGCAUAGGUUAUCAGCCACGUGCUAAUGCUAAUACUGUGCUGUCUUUUUGAAUUUCCAAACCAGCAGGCUGGUUUAUUUUUCGAUGGCUAUUUCCAUCACAACUCUCUCUAUUCUCAUUUCAUUAGUGAUUAACGAAAUAUUGUGCCAGCAUGAGAUGAUUGAUGUACACACUACUUAAGAGGCUAUACCUAUUGCUCUUUCUUUCUACUUUAUAAAGAGCCUCGUGCCAUGCUGUUGUUCGGUCGUAAUAGGCCGUAACCUGUGAUUUUAAUUUUUAUUUUUUUCUUUCUCUUUUAUUUGAAUUUUUUUGUUUAAUCACAAACAUAAAGGUAAACCUGAUUUAAUUUGCUAUGUGACUACAUUAUUGGUAUGUAUGAGGGGCAAAAAAUAAUUCAUGCACCAUAGUGUUUGUGUAAUUUGCUGUUGUGAGUUAUAUAUCGAAAGAAUGCUUGAAAUGUAAAAGUAAUUCACUCAUCAUGAUUCAAGUGUCCACACUCUGAUUUACACGGUUUCUGAGACUAAAAAUGAUUUGUGGGUAAAAUGUGGCGUGUGUAGACCUUAUGUGAAUCAUUAUGAGUUUUGGGUAUUAAUUAUAAAUGAAACGAUAAACUACACUGUGAUGUUUUAGGGAUGACGCGCACCACAACGGCACUUAAAUACUAACUUUCACGUAACAAGAUAUACAUCUUCUGUCCAUAGCUAAUGACAUCAGUGUCUCGCUUUUCUAAAUGGUUAUAAAGCUAUGCACUUGGCUCAGCCAGAAAGAUUCCUUUAAAGUGGUUCAUUUUCACCACUGUAUUCCGUACAGCUAUCAAAUUUUCACUAUAUAUUAGAAAACUUAAGAUGUCUAUAAAAAGUCAAUACAUAUAUUUAACUGUACCACAAAUGACUUUAUUUUUCUGAUUAUAUUAAAUAUAGAGUUAUGGAUGAAUACUUAUAUUUUACGAUCACACAAAUAUUAUUUCCAAAGUUGUUUUUUUUUUUUUGACCUUUUUGUAUUAUUUGAUGUAUUAUUGUUUCAAGAUGGCUCUAAACUGUAUUUCUACAUGCAAAUAUGAAUGUUUCAUAUUCUGUAAUGUAAAUUUGCUUAUGGAUGUGUAUUAAUGGACUGAUUGGGAGGAAAUAAAGGAAAUGUUGGGCGUUGAAUAAUAAA